GUGCGCAUUGGACCUCAGCUCACCAGUGUGUCCAUUCGCGCCUCGCCGUGUGUGCGAUUGUCGCAUCUUUUGCUUGCUUCGUCCUCCGCUUUGUGCCGUGUUACACUCCGAACGCAAAACGAUCAGCGACGAUCCUAUUGGCCGUUUUUUUAGAGAUACCACUCGCUUACCCGCCUCUACGCGUUGACGAAGGCGUCCACAUAUAGAAUGGAUUCUGCAGCGAAAAAAACACAUAAACACGAUGAAGGAGCUAUCACCCGCUGCAUGGAGUUGGUCCUCUCUAAGAAAAAGUCACUGUACGCAGCAUGCAAAGCUUUUGGCAUCCCUCAGUCUACCGUUCGUUACCGACUUAGUGGCAAGUGGACCAGAAAAGCCCGGAAAGGGCCACCUACUGUUCUAACAGGAGACGAAGAACAGAAACUCGUGCAAUAUUUGAAAACGAUGGAGAAGAAAGGAUUUCCGGUAGUUAAGGAAUUACUUCUGCAUAAAGUGAAGACAUUCUUCGGAACGAAUUCCCGACCCAAUCCGUUCACGAACAAUAUACCAGGUCGAAAAUGGCUGGAAGGAUUCCUUCGCCGGCAUCGUGAAAUCACUUUCCGCACGCCAGAAACUGUGUCUUCCGCAAGUUCUAAAGUAAAAGAGGCAGACAUUCGCGGAUGGUUCACGAACGUAACAUCAUAUCUCGAGGAAAACAACCUUAUGUCAGCCGCAUCGGAUGCAACCCGCAUAUACAACGGCGAUGAAACGUCAUUCUACCUACACCCACAAACGAAGGCCGUGCUAGCUAGCCGUGGCAAUAAGAAUGUGUAUGAAUGCGAGCAUGCAGACGGGCACAAAAACAUAACAGUAAUGUUUACCUUCGGAGCAGACGGAUCAGUUGUACCUCCAGGAGUUGUUCUUCCUAUGCAGCGCUUAUCUGUGGAAGUAUUGCAGAAGUUCCCCGGAGAGUGGGGUAUUGGCAAAAGUGCAAAGGGGUGGAUGGAUACCGCCAACUUUAUGCUAUACAUCAGGAACGUUUUGUACCCUCAUCUUCAAAGGAAAAAAGUGCAGUUCCCAGUGCUGUAUUUCGUGGAUGGUCACUCUUCACACACGACUGCGGAGGUGGCCGAUCUGUGCUUGGAUUUGGGUAUUGUGCUGAUUGCUUUAUAUCCAAACACUACGAGAAUAACUCAGCCAGCAGACGUCGCCAUUUUUAAACCAUUGAAAAGUGCCUGGAAGACUGCCGUAUCGGAGUGGCGGCUGGAAAAUGGAGGUGAAAAUCUAUUGCUGAAACACUUUCCUGACGUACUGCAAAAGGCUAUGAACAAAGGAAUCAAAACGGCCAGUGUUAAGAACGGGUUCAGAGUUUGCGGAUUAUUCCCUUUUGGUCCUGAAAAUGUGGAUUACGACAAAUGUAUUGCCAAGUCAACUAGCGAAAACCCUAAUAAACCAGUAGCUCAAGAAACAGACAAGGAACUUUCCACCUUCAAUUCAGUAGAGGUCAAUCCUGAAUUGAAUGAGGAAAAAGAAGGACAAGAUGUAAUUAUUGAAGAUUCGGUUAUCAUUCCAACUUCAAUAAUCAAAGCUGCUAUAGAUUGCAUUGGUAGGGAGCGCAUUAACAGCUUUAGUAGCGGUUCUGUCUUAUCUGCAGAAGGAGAAAUCAUCCGGCAGCUAUAUGAGAUGUUGUUGAUGCCUUUUGAUUCGCAGUUAUUGAGCAGUACGACUGCAGAGAUGACUGUGUCAAGUGACUACAUAUCUGAGGAUAAUCCAACAUUUAUUGAGGAGGUAGGUGACGAUAGUUUCAUAUCAGAUGACAGUAUUCCACUUAGUGUCAUGAAAGAGAAGACUGGACACAACAUUCCGAGCCGUAAAAUAAGCAUAACCGAAUUGCUUCAAACUCCGCCAACUCCUCGUCGGAGCAACAUUCACAGGAAUUAUAAAAGAAAAUUCCACCCGGUACUGACGGCCUCAUAG